CCCACAAUUCCAAUGGCUUCAGAGCCGCUAGCUCGGAAAACAGCAUGGAGGGAGAUUAUGCGUUGUAGGAGAUACAAAAAAUAUCGUUAAAGGCGCACAAAUGUACAACAUACUGGAAAAUUCCCUAGUUUGAGCAGGAUGAUGCGCAGGUCUAGGAUCAGCGUGCGGCCCAAUGUGAGGCCUGGGGCGAGAGCUCUGCCCUCACAGGAUGGACAGUCCUCCCGGGCUGCUGCUGACAGUACCCAGGCGACCGAGAGCGAGGGAAUGCCAUCGGUAUCCGCGGAAACCACACAAGCAGGAGACAAGCCUGCGGAGCCUGUUCUGAGCUUAGAGAACAUCUCCCCUGACAUGAAGGAGACAGGACAGAGUUUUCAAAACAGUGGUGGCAGUGACAGCACAAUUUCUGUGCUGCAGAGGAGAAAGCGCUUCUCUGCCACGCCUAACCUGGCCAGGCCCAGAGUUAACACAGCUUCCUCACGCACUACCACGAGGGUUCCCAAGUCCCCGCCCCCGAAGGUGUCUACCCUGCCUCCUGCUCAGACCGAUGCCCUAACCCCCAAGGACAACAGCACUGCCCACAGUCUCAGAUCUCCAAGAUGGCGGAGAGCAUCGGGAGGUGGCAGGCAAUCCAAAAUGCAAGGCAAACUGGCACCCCUGUCCUCCUCAGUCCCAUCCUGUAGCAAACAGGCACCCUCGUCAUCAAUUGCCCCAGCCCCUGGGCCUGUCCCUCAGGGGAGGAAAGAGAAAGAAGCAUCUGUACCACUCCAUUGCUCUAAAUCAGACCUGGAGAAGUCAUCCCAAGAGGAAAACCCCCUCCCAGACCCAUCCCCAGUCUCUGUGAUGCAGUCGCAGAGUGCUAAACUGGAAAUGAAGUCUCCAUUUUCAUUGCCCCUGGCAGCCCAGAGCAUUCCGUCUGAUCGAGAGAGGAUUGCAAAGCUGAGGGAACUUAUUAAACAAGAGCAGAGGAAACAAAGGAAACGCAAGAAGGGCAAAUCCCACACCUGCGAGCGCAGCACCCCACAGGACCACAACAAGAUGACAAUGAGAGACCUCAUCUACUACCUGCCAGAGUCCAACCCCAUGAGGCCUUACCCUGAUGAGGAUAAUAGGCCAGCAGAGAGUGUGAUCCCAUCUUCACCAAGCAAUGAAUUACCUGAGCAGCCACAGGAUCUAGAGGUGGAAGAAGAGCAGCAGGAGGAUCCAGAAGACCAUGGUGGUGAUGAGCCUGCAGAGGGGGACCAGCUGAUAGGGCCCAGGGUGAAAGUGGCAGAGGAUGGUACCCUGAUCCUGGAUGAGGAAAGCUUAACCAUAGAAGUGGUGAGAAUGAAAGGCCCAAAUUUGGCAGAGGAAAAUGACCCCAUUUUUGAGCGUGGCUCUUCAACAACCUACUCCAGCUUCAGGAAAACGGUCUACACUAAGCCUUGGACCAGUAAAGAGACUGAAAUGUUCUUCCUGGCCAUCAGCAUGGUGGGGACGGACUUCUCCCUGAUCGGCGAGCUCUUCCCUCAUCGCGCACGGACAGAAAUCAAGAACAAAUUCAAGAAAGAAGAAAGGGAAAACUCUUGGAGGAUUGACAAGGCAUUCAAAGAGAAGCGUAGCUUUGACCUGGAGUGCUUCAGCAAACUCCUGGAGAGGAUCUUAGCUGAGGAAGAGCGGAAGAGAAAAAAAUCCAAAACCAGGGGCUCCGUAGGACAGAAGAAACGAAAAAGAAUAGCAAAAGGAAAGAAAGCAGCUGCUCGGAGAGCCCCUAGAGCCCAGUCUGCCGAAGAGGAGCUGGACAGCGAUGUGGUGGAGGGUGACUCUGAGAUUGCAGAGAAGGAGAACGAAGACUGCUCCAACGUCGCGGAGGCAGGGGCCCACGCCACGGCCGCCAGAAACAGCCGUAAGAGGAAGACGAGCAGGGAGGGAGAGGAGUCUGCUGAUGGAAGGAGCGUGAAAAACAGCAGACCAGAAGAUGAGGGUGCUCUCAGUGACGAUUGUGAAGGUCCUGUGUGUGACGUCCAGGCAGCUGCUCCAGAUGUGGACAGGGGCCGCUUUCGAAGACCCACCCCUAACCUUGGAGCAAGAUGGGCUAAGAAGGCCCCGCAGCCAGGGGCAAAGAGCAGAGAUGAAGACGUGGAGAACAGCAGCUCCAAGGCUGGGCCUGGCAAGAGAGGCAAACCCAGACCCAACCUGACUGCGGCACAGCGGAAUGGGCGGGCGGGGAAGCCAAAACUGGUCACCCUGCGGGCGUCUGUGCCAGAAUACAACGAGGAAGAAGAGCAGGACGAGGCCCAUCCCGAGGAGGACUUCCGCUACCCCAUAAACCCAGAGGAGCAGAACCAGGCACCCGCCUUCGUGCCCCUCAGCCUGCGCUCCCCACAACCUGUGCCAAUGGAAGUUGUGGAGACAGUGGAGGAGCUUGAGAUUUCCAUGAAUGUGUCCGAUGUGGUUGGCACUGCUGAGUCUGAGCAUGCCCUCUGUGCUCAGCCAGUGUGCCCGGGGGCACAGGAUGAGGUUGUGCUGUCCACUGAGCAUCAGCUGGACUUACUGGUUGAUGUGAUUGAAUUCUUGUCCCCAGACCAUGUUGCAGGGUCUGAAGAGAGCUAUAAUGACGCAGCCAGAACUCUGCUGACAAUAAGAAACCCUGAACUUCUCUCUUUAGCUACACCUGAAUACAGAGAGGUCGUCAUCACUGAGGAAUUUCUACGUGCCCAACCGGAAGAGUCGGAACCUGGGGAGAGCCUUACGUCAGCUGACCAGUUACAGUGCAGCACAGAGCGACCACAAACAGUGUCCUCUGACCUCCCCGUCGCUGAAACUCCACAGUCUGAUACACAGUCAGCACAGGAUAUGGAUUCCAUAUCUUUGAUAACUGUGGAAGAGUUUGAGUCCAAGUUUGUGAGACCAGAACCUGUCUCAAAGACACAGAGCUGUGAGACCACCAGUCUGGAAAACACUGGUGUACCAGAGGAGUCUCCCAGUCAGGAGAGAGCUGCACCUGCCUGCACUGGAGUUACUCUUGAAGGAGCCUUGGGUCCAAAACCCUCAGUCCAGAAUGUUCCACCAGGCAGGAGAAGCCGUUUCCCAAAACCAAAACCCAACCUGGCCCGCACGUCCCGGACCCCACGUGUAACUCCUGCCCAGUGCACUGAAAACUGUGCUGCUACUGCCCCUGUGGAGCCUGUGUCUCUGAAAACUGUUGAAGUGGAGAAGGGAGCAGUGGACAUUUACCCAAAGGAACAGGUCCAGGAAAGUCAGGAGAGCAAGGGCCCAGGCGAGGAAAUGCUGAGCCAGGAUGAGGCCCCGUGUGUGGGAGAUUCUCAGGUUGAGGGGUUGGGGUCAGACCUGUCUAACCAGAGUGCGCCACCUGCUGGCACAGCAAGGCAUUUGCCCAAACCCAGCCCUGUCCUGGACACAGCUGUGCAGACCCCUUGCGUUACCGUGCCCCUCAGCACCCCUCUAGACCCCAGUACAGGCCAGCAGCCUGCGUUCAUACUGGCCUUAUAUGAGGUGUCCCCGCCGCUGUUGGAGGAGCCUGACUCUGGUGUUGAUCCGCCGGGCGCCAUUACUGCUGAGCUCCUCUCUCCAGUGGAGCUUGUAGACGAGCAGCGUGCACCAGCAGCCACACAGACUGAGUCACAAAGCUGUGACCCACUGAAUGUGGUGGCAUCAGUAAAGAUGGGUGCAGAAGGUGGCCCAGAGCCUCACCCCCCGGCUCCUGCUUCAGAGGAGCAGGGAGAGCAGCUGGAUCUCAGCUCCAUAAGGGAAAGGACCGAAUCCUCCACAGGUCUCACAGGCAAAAGCAUGGCCAGUCAAGUUGAUUCAUGUGAAUCAGGCCAUCUGCAGGUAAAGCCUCGUGGUUCCACUCAGAAUCCUGAAGACCCCACUGAAGGUGACCGGAUUGUGUUCAGAACGGAACAUCUGCCCACUCCGGAGCAGACGCCACCACAGGCCAGGUCGACACAUUACACGCCACCUAAUCCUGCUGCCCAGAACACCAGCACAGAGGCACCCGCCAAGCCUGGGCCGUCUACCACAGAGGAUACACCCCAGGGGAUUGUGGGAAGUUCUGACCUCCCAGAGCUGGACAGGGAGAGCAGCAGCAUUGCUGAGGGUGCAGGAAGCAGCAGUGCUGGCUCAGAGUCUCAGAUAAGCCAUCACGCUCUGCCAGCGACCUCAGAUGGCCUGGUGACUAGGACUGGCAGAAAGCCCAAAGGCUUCUUAUCUUUCAUCUCUGACAAGAGCACCGCCCGGUCUGCUAGUGCUGCCCGCUCUGCCAGGCCUUCGUGUCCGAGGCCGCAGGUCAACACCUCCCGUACAGGGAGGAGAGCACCGACUGUGAGCCCACCACCAUCCAGAGCCACAGCUGCUAACAGCCAGACGGCCGCUAAGCUUGCUACCUCUCAAGCCACUACAUCGAGUCAAGAUGAGUCCUCUUCUGUCAAAACUUCAAAGACUGACGAAGAACCAACAAGCGUUUCUGAAUACUUCUUCAGUGACAUCUUCACACCAGUGGAAGAGCAUGAGUGAUCAAAAGGCAGGAGAAUGUUUGUGAUCUUUCGUCUGAGCAGGAUCCCUUAUUUGAGUCUUGUCCAUGCUCUCACACACACUUUAAUCUCAGUUUUUCCAGCUACCCAGUCUCACUGCCCAGUUCAGCUACCCACAGCAGACAUGAUUCAUAAGAACUCCAACAUGCUUGGAAAGAAAAUGGAUGUGAUCUCUCAGAUUGUCCACUCGGACUACGUUCUGCACUCCUGUUUGUCCCAAGUUUGUCCUAACAUUUUCAUCGCGUGUAUUUAUUUUUAUGCUAUUAUGCUAUUUACCUUUUAUGGUAACCUACGCAGAAUGAUUUAGAUUAUUUACUUUUUACUUUAUCAUAAUUAUAUUUAUCUGUAGGGUGUGUUCACAUUAGACAGUUGAAUUACUAAGUCAUUAUUGGAUGACACGUGAAAUGUUAUUGCUGUCAGUGAUCAGAUGCACUGAAAACCUAUGGUUGAAUAUCACCAUAAAUGAUGAUUGGCUUACUGUAUGUGUGAAACAGUUUAUUUGCAUUAGGUUAUAUUUCACUUUACAGAUUUAAACUAAACUCAGAUUUAAUCAAUUUUAGUCUGGGCAUUUUAUGUUUUUCAGGGGGUUCUAAUCUGUAGUGUUGAUCAUUAAAAGUACACUCACAUCGUAACAGUGGUCAGGGUAGCUACAUUAGUUUCUUGAUAUCUGUCUUUAAAAAUUUAUGUUACAUACAAAUUGAAUUACCUAAAGUUUAGAUGUGCUAGUCCCAAUAUCGGUACACAUUGUUCUUGUUAUUUCAGUGUCGACUGAAUAGAAAAGGCAAGGAGGCUAUCUUCUAGGAAUUCCUGUGUUUGUUAGCUGUUGGAAGUGUUUUAUUAAGAACAAAGCAUUGAACUGAACUUAACUGAACUGACUUUAAUUUAAUUGAAAACAGAAUUUUCAAUUCAUCCACCAAACCGAACAGUGUUUUCGUCAGCAAAGGCCUUACAUCUUUAUUCAGUCAGCUGUCUCAAAAAUAGCAGCCCAGCAGAAACACGCAUUAACUCAUGUUUUCUUACAAAUUAUGGUUUCAGCUCUUUUUAUAUGUAUAUACACUUGGGUAAAAGGAGGAUCAAAGUAAAUGCAGCUUUAAAAAGCAUUUCAGUAGCCAUUAUCAGUUAGCAUUUCCCAUUAUAUUUGAUUUUCAGGUCUGGAAUUUAUCACGUCAUUUCAAAGAACCACUCUGGUUUCUCCUUGUUUGAUUGUAAAUAUGUGAACACAGUAUUAUAUUUAUUCUUUGAAUUUCCCUAAACCUCACCAUAUUUUGUUGUACAGUAAGCACUGUUCAAUAAAUAUACAGAUGGACCCUGUGGUGAUGAUACUACUUCUGGCAUUGGCAUAUUUAAGAGUAAGAAUAAGAUUAACUAACAGUAAUAUGUUUUAUUCAUAAAGCGCCUUUUUCAGACCCGAGGUCACACCACUCCAAAUUUUCAAAAAAGAAAUGUCUGUACAUGACAGUUCAGGGUAUAUUCAAACCAUUUUCUCACUUUUGUGCUUAAUUUUUAGGGUUGUCUUGAAUUGAGUUAGCUGUAAGAAAUUGCUUUGUUUUAGUACUAAAUUUACAUAACAUGUCAUUUACAUGCACCUUGUGAGAAAGAGAAUCUCAAAUAUUUAGAAGAGAUGGUUGAGUGUCAUACUUCAAGAAAAGAGAGCAUUAGGAGCUGACAACAGAUUUUUCAUGUUUAACUGUUUGAAUUUUUGUUUCAAGUUUCCAAAUACAGUUGUUCAAUAUCCCUUCUAUUGUAGAGGAGUAGUCUUAAAAUUGCAUAACUUAAAAUUACAUAAGCCAAUGAGUGGCAAUGUUUUUAUUUUGAUUUUGAUAACCUUUUAACAAAUAAAUAGAUUUUAGGUGAUAUAGUUUGUGUUUAAUGCCCUGUUGAUGUAUUGCCAAAUUUAAAUUUCUUUAUAUCCUGGAUUAAAUGAUCUUGUCACUGUACAGGGUGAUGUCUCUUAUCAGUCAGGUGGAAAAUCCAGGCACAGGGGAAUGUCAACUUGAUAUAUUUGCUUUGAUGAUGUUGUUCCUGUCUUUUCUUUUUGGCUACAUCACACCAUUACUGAAACUGCUGUAAAUGCAUUUCACUUUUAAAUUCUGGCAUCUGGUGAACAUCAUGCAUCCCCUGUUUUGUUGUACUUCAUUUGUACUCAAACUUAAUUGUUUAACUGUAAUUUAUGUAAAAUAUGUAAAUAAAUUUUAUACAGUUA